GCUCCACCGGGCUCGCUCCUUCUCCGGCUGCUCCCUGCUGGCAGCGUCUGGGCUCUCCACACCAGCAUGGCCCUGCUUGUCCACCUCAAGACGGUUUCGGAGCUUCGGGGCAAGGGCGACCGGAUCGCCAAAGUGACUUUCCGAGGGCAAGCCUUCUACUCCCGGGUGCUGGAGAACUGCGAAGAUGUGGCUGACUUCGAUGAGACCUUCCGGUGGCCAGUGGCCAGUAGCAUCGACAGCAAUGAGAUACUCGAGAUCCAGAUCUUCAACUAUAGCAAAGUCUUCAGCAACAAGCUGAUCGGGACCUUCCGUAUGGUGCUGCAGAAAGUGGUGGAGGAGAACCACGUGGAGGUGACCGACACCCUGAUUGAUGACAACAAUGCUAUCAUCAAGACCAGCCUGCGCGUGGAGGUCCGAUAUCAGGCCACAGACGGCACGGUGGGCUCCUGGGAUGAUGGGGACUUCCUGGGGGAUGAGUCCCUGCAGGAGGAAGAGAAGGACAGCCAGGAGACAGAUGGGCUGCUCCCUGGCUCCCGCCCCAGCUCCCGGACCCCAGGCGAGAAGAGCUUCCGGAGAGCCGGGAGAAGUGUGUUCUCCGCCAUGAAGCUCGGCAAGAACCGGUCCCACAAGGAGGAACCCCAAAGACAAGAUGAACCGGCCGUGCUGGAGAUGGAGGACCUGGACCGCUUGGCCAUUCGGCUGGGGGAUGGGCUGGACCCUGACUCCGUGUCUCUGGCCUCUGUCACAGCUCUCACCAGCAAUGUCUCCAACAAGCGGUCCAAGCCAGACAUUAAAAUGGAGCCAAGUGCCGGGCGGCCCAUGGAUUACCAGGUCAGCAUCACUGUGAUUGAGGCUCGGCAACUGGUGGGCUUGAACAUGGACCCCGUGGUGUGCGUGGAGGUGGGCGAUGACAAGAAGUACACGUCCAUGAAGGAGUCCACUAACUGCCCCUACUACAAUGAGUACUUCGUCUUCGACUUCCACGUCUCUCCGGACGUCAUGUUCGACAAGAUCAUCAAGAUCUCGGUGAUUCACUCCAAGAACCUGCUGCGAAGUGGCACCCUAGUGGGGUCCUUCAAGAUGGAUGUGGGAACUGUGUACUCCCAGCCUGAGCACCAGUUCCACCACAAGUGGGCCAUCCUGUCAGACCCCGAUGACAUCUCCGCUGGGCUGAAAGGCUACGUGAAGUGUGACGUGGCCGUGGUGGGCAAGGGAGACAACAUCAAGACGCCCCACAAGGCCAACGAGACAGACGAGGAUGACAUUGAAGGGAACUUGCUGCUCCCCGAAGGGGUGCCCCCCGAACGCCAAUGGGCCCGGUUCUACGUGAAGAUUUACCGAGCAGAGGGGCUGCCCCGCAUGAACACCAGCCUCAUGGCCAAUGUGAAGAAGGCGUUCAUUGGUGAGAACAAGGACCUGGUCGACCCCUACGUGCAAGUCUUCUUUGCCGGCCAGAAGGGCAAGACGUCCGUGCAGAAAAGCAGCUACGAGCCACUGUGGAAUGAGCAGGUCGUCUUUACAGACCUGUUUCCCCCGCUCUGCAAGCGCAUGAAGGUGCAGAUCCGAGACUCCGACAAGGUCAACGAUGUGGCCAUCGGCACCCACUUCAUUGACCUGCGCAAGAUUUCUAAUGAUGGAGACAAAGGCUUCCUGCCCACACUGGGCCCGGCCUGGGUGAACAUGUAUGGCUCUACCCGCAACUACACACUGCUGGACGAGCACCAGGACCUGAAUGAGGGCCUGGGUGAGGGCGUGUCUUUCCGCGCCCGCCUCAUGCUGGGCCUGGCUGUGGAGAUCCUGGACACGUCCAACCCUGAGCUGACCAGCUCCACGGAGGUGCUGGUGGAGCAGGCCACGCCCGUCUCGGAGAGCUGCACCGGGAAAAUGGAAGAGUUCUUUCUAUUUGGAGCCUUCCUAGAGGCAUCAAUGAUCGACCGGAAAAAUGGAGACAAGCCCAUCACCUUUGAGGUCACCAUAGGCAACUAUGGGAAUGAAGUUGAUGGCCUCUCACGACCCCAGCGGCCUAGGCCCCGGAAGGAGCCUGGGGAUGAGGAAGAGGUAGACCUGAUCCAGAACUCCAGCGACGAGGAUGCUGAUGAGGGUGGGGACCUGGCCUCAGUGUCUUCCACCCCACCCAUGAGGCCCCAGAUCACCGACAGGAACUACUUCCAUCUGCCCUACCUGGAGCGCAAGCCCUGCAUCUACAUCAAGAGCUGGUGGCCAGACCAGCGCCGCCGCCUCUACAACGCCAACAUCAUGGACCACAUCGCAGACAAGCUGGAAGAAGGCCUGAACGACGUGCAGGAGAUGAUAAAGACGGAGAAGUCCUAUCCGGAGCGUCGCCUGCGGGGGGUCCUAGAGGAGCUCAGCUGCGGCUGCUACCGUUUCCUCUCCCUCGCUGACAAGGACCAGGGCCACUCGUCCCGCACCAGGCUGGACAGGGAGCGCCUCAAGUCCUGCAUUCGGGAGCUGGAGAGCAUGGGACAGCAGGCCAAGACCUUGCGGGCACAGGUGAAGCGGCACACUGUGCGGGACAAGCUGAGGCUGUGCCAGAAUUUCCUGCAGAAACUGCGCUUCCUGGCAGACGAGCCUCAGCACAGCAUCCCCGACGUCUUCAUCUGGAUGAUGAGCAGCAACAAGCGCGUUGCCUACGCCAGGGUGCCCUCCAAGGACCUGCUCUUCUCCAUCGUCGAGGAGGAGCUGGGCAAGGACUGCGCCAAGGUCAAGACGCUCUUCCUCAAGCUGCCUGGCAAGCGGGGCUUCGGCUCCGCGGGCUGGACGGUGCAGGCCAAGCUGGAGCUCUACCUAUGGCUGGGCCUGAGCAAGCAGCGAAAGGACUUCCUGUGUGGCCUGCCCUGUGGCUUCGAGGAGGUCAAGGCGGCCCAGGGCCUGGGCCUGCACGCCUUCCCGCCCAUCAGCCUCGUCUACACCAAGAAGCAAGCCUUCCAGCUCCGCGCCCACAUGUACCAGGCUCGCAGCCUCUUCGCUGCCGACAGCAGCGGCCUCUCGGACCCCUUCGCCCGAGUCUUCUUCAUCAACCAGAGUCAGUGCACAGAGGUGCUGAAUGAGACCCUGUGCCCCACCUGGGACCAGAUGCUGGUGUUCGACAACCUGGAGCUGUAUGGCGAAGCCCAUGAGUUGCGGGAUGACCCCCCCAUCAUUGUCAUUGAAAUCUACGACCAGGACACCAUGGGCAAAGCCGACUUCAUGGGCCGGACCUUCGCCAAGCCCGUGGUGAAGAUGGCCGGUGAGGCGUACUGCCCGCCCCGCUUCCCACCGCAGCUGGAGUACUACCAGAUCUACCGGGGCAAUGCCACUGCCGGGGACCUGCUGGCUGCCUUCGAGCUGCUGCAGAUUGGGCCUGCGGGGAAGGGGGACCUGCCACCCAUCAACGGCCCGGUGGACAUGGACCGAGGUCCCAUCAUGCCUGUGCCCAUGGGCAUCCGGCCCGUGCUCAGCAAAUACCGAAUCGAGGUGCUAUUCUGGGGCCUGCGGGACCUGAAGCGGGUCAACCUGGCCCAGGUGGACCGGCCGCGGGUAGACAUCGAGUGUGCGGGGAAAGGGGUGCAGUCGUCCCUGAUCCACAAUUACAAGAAGAACCCCAACUUCAACACCCUCGUCAAGUGGUUUGAAGUGGACCUCCCGGAGAACGAGCUGUUGCACCCGCCCCUGAACAUCCGAGUGGUGGACUGCCGGGCCUUCGGCCGCUACACCCUGGUGGGCUCCCACGCCGUCAGCUCUCUGAGGCGCUUCAUCUACAGGCCUCCAGACCACUUGGCCCCCAACUGGAACACCACGGGCAGGCUCCUUCGGAGUCGCCAUGUACUGUGCAACGGGCGUCCCUCCUCUCACCCCACAGGGGAGGUUGUGGUGAACAUGGAGCCAGAGAUGCCUGUCAAGAAGCUGGAGACCAUGGUGAAGCUGGACGCGAGUUCUGAUGCCGUCAUCAAGGUGGAUGUGGCGGACGAGGAGAAGGAGAAGAAGAAAAAGAAGAAAAAGGGCAGCUCAGAAGAGCCAGAGGAAGAGGAGCCCGAUGAAAGCAUGCUGGACUGGUGGUCUAAGUACUUCGCCUCCAUUGAUACCAUGAAGGAGGUGAGGCCUCAGGCCUCGGCUGGGGAUCCAAGGAAGAAUGGGCAACUUCGACAGCAAGAGGCCUCAGGCAUUGACUUGGAGGAGAAGGAGGAGGUGGAGAACACUGAGGGCCUAAAGGGGCCGAUGAAGGGCAAGGAGAAGGCUAAGGCAGCAAAGGAGGAGAAGAAAAAGAGAACCCAGAGCCCUGGCACUGGCCAGGGACCCGAGGCCCCUGAGAAGAAGAAACCUAAGAUUGAUGAGCUUAAGGUGUACCCCAAGGAGCUGGAGUCUGAGUUUGACAACUUUGAGGACUGGCUGCACACUUUCAACCUGCUGCGGGGCAAGACGGGGGAUGACGAAGACGGCUCCACCGAGGAGGAGCGCAUCGUGGGCCGGUUCAAGGGCUCCCUCUGCGUAUACAAAGUGCCACUCCCAGAGGAGGUGUCUCGGGAAGCCGGUUACGACCCCACCUACGGGAUGUUCCAGGGCAUCCCCAGCAACGACCCCAUCAAUGUGCUGGUCCGAGUCUAUGUGGUCAGGGCCACGGACCUGCACCCCGCAGACAUCAAUGGCAAAGCCGACCCCUACAUUGCCAUCCGGCUAGGCAAAACUGACAUCCGAGACAAGGAGAACUACAUCUCCAAGCAGCUCAACCCGGUCUUUGGGAAGUCCUUUGACAUCGAGGCCUCCUUCCCCAUGGAGUCCAUGCUGACGGUGGCCGUGUAUGACUGGGAUCUGGUAGGCACCGACGACCUCAUUGGGGAAACCAAGAUCGACCUGGAGAACCGCUUCUACAGCAGACACCGCGCCACCUGCGGCAUCGCCCAGACCUACUCCGUACAUGGCUACAAUAUCUGGCGGGACCCUAUGAAGCCAAGCCAGAUUCUGACCCGCCUUUGCAAGGAGGGCAAGGUGGACGGCCCCCACUUUGGGCCCCCCGGGAGAGUGAAGGUGUCCAACCGUGUCUUCACCGGGCCCUCCGAGAUCGAGGACGAGAAUGGUCAGAGGAAGCCCACGGAAGAGCACGUGGCACUGUCUGCCCUGAGGCACUGGGAGGACAUCCCCCGAGUAGGCUGCCGCCUGGUGCCCGAACACGUGGAGACGCGGCCCCUGCUCAACCCCGACAAGCCAGGCAUCGAGCAGGGCCGCCUGGAGCUGUGGGUGGACAUGUUCCCCAUGGACAUGCCAGCUCCUGGGACACCUCUGGACAUCUCCCCCCGGAAACCCAAGAAGUACGAGCUCCGGGUCAUCGUGUGGAACACAGACGAGGUGGUCCUGGAGGACGAUGACUUCUUCACUGGGGAGAAGUCCAGCGACAUUUUUGUGCGGGGGUGGCUGAAGGGCCAGCAGGAGGACAAGCAGGACACGGACGUCCACUACCACUCCCUCACCGGUGAGGGCAACUUCAACUGGCGCUACUUGUUCCCCUUCGACUACCUGGCCGCUGAGGAAAAGAUUGUCAUCUCCAAGAAGGAGUCCAUGUUCUCCUGGGACGAGACCGAGUACAAGAUCCCCGCGCGGCUCACCCUGCAGAUCUGGGAUGCGGACCACUUCUCCGCGGAUGACUUCCUGGGGGCCAUCGAGCUGGACCUGAACCGGUUUCCCCGGGGCGCCAAGACAGCCAAGCAGUGCACCAUGGAGAUGGCCACGGGGGAGGUGGAUGUACCCCUGGUUUCCAUCUUCAAGCAGAAGCGCGUCAAAGGCUGGUGGCCCCUCCUGGCCCGCAAUGAGAACGACGAGUUCGAGCUCACGGGCAAAGUGGAGGCAGAAUUGCAUCUACUGACAGCGGAGGAGGCAGAGAAGAAUCCUGUGGGCCUGGCGCGCAAUGAACCUGACCCCCUAGAGAAACCCAACCGGCCUGACACUGCCUUCGUCUGGUUCCUCAACCCCCUCAAGUCCAUCAAGUACCUCAUCUGCACACGGUACAAGUGGCUCAUCAUCAAGAUCGUGCUGGCGCUGCUGGGGCUGCUCAUGCUGGCCCUCUUCCUGUAUAGCCUCCCUGGCUACAUGGUCAAGAAGCUGCUGGGGGCGUGAAGCAACCCUCGCCCCGCCCCCUGCUGCCACACCCCUCAAGGCCUGUGCGUUCACCCCUCCCCUGGCAUGACUUUGCAGUCUCCCUGGGGAGCUCAAGAAGCCCAGUGUCCACUCUUACAGCUUCCUGCUUGCUGGGCUGGUGACACCUCCGCCCCUCCUCCCCCUGAGCCAGCUGUGGGCCCCGCCCACCCCUGCGGCCCCUGCCCCAGGGGUGGGAAGUGUGGGCAGGGGUGGGGUCUGACCCUCCUUGCUGCAGCACCACCCUUCUUCAGGCCCUGGCAACGGGGAAGCCACCCCAGGUGCCCCCCAGGCUCUCCAGUGGUGGAGUAAAGCUUUAAUGGAAUUGACGGAGGAUCCUGUCCUGGGCCAGCGCUAAUGGUGCGGGGGUGGCUGCUCCCUCCCAGAGUGGAUCCUCUUCCUGCCCCAGGGAGCCACCCUGGUGGGAGCACAAGCCCAGGCCCUGAGCGGCCUGUGGGUCUCUAUCGCUUUCCAGAGCUUCCUCUGCUUGGCUGCCGCGGAGAAGAGGAGCAGGGGGUGUGAACCCCUGCGCCCCACCCCUCCCCUGUGCCCACCCACCCUGCCUUGCCAGGCCCUCAUUUCAGACAGGCUGGGGAGGUGGUACUUGCAGUGAGAGCUGGGUUUCUCUUGGCUGUUGUUCCUGCCUUGAGUGGUGAUUUUUCUCUUAAUAAUAAAAGAAUUAAACACUGA